UGAUAUUAGGGUUAUUUCUUCAAUAAAUCCGGAUAAGAUUUAAAUCCUUCCUAUGAUAAUACCAGUUCGUUGUUUUUCCUGCGGAAAAGUCAUUGGAGACAAGUGGGAUAUGUAUUUAAUUUAUCUUCAAGAGGAUAUUUCUGAAGGAGAAGCACUGGAUAAACUAGGUCUUAAACGUUAUUGUUGUCGUCGCAUGAUUUUGACACAUGUUGAUUUGAUUGAAAAGUUGCUUCAUUAUAAUCGUAAGUUUUGAUAUUUGUUUUAUAUUUUUUAAUAUGUUUCAGCUCUUGAACGUUCAAUGCGUGAUGUAUAAGUUUGUACAGCUAAUAUAUUUAAUAUGAAAAAGAAAUUAACACCAAGA